AUGAAAGUUAUUUUGAAGACAUUGGAUGGCUAUCAAGUCGCAUUCGAAGCUCAAUGUUCAGAUAAAAUCGAACAAUUGAAAACUAAGAUUAAGAAUACACUUGGUCUUGAGCCGGAUCAACAACGUCUGAUAUUCGCUGGCCGCAAACUUGAUUCAACAAAGUUAUUAAGUGAUUACAACAUUACCGACGGAAGUAUAGUACAUAUUAUUUAUCGAAUUCCCUGCCGUAUGGUAUCAGAAUCUUAA